AUGAGAGGUGAAUACUAUUUGUACCUCACUUUAAUAACUAUUUUUGUAUAUUUAGGGGUUUUAUUAAGAGUGGCUUACUUUACUUUAAUAGAGCGAAAAAGCUUAAGAUCUUUUGGAGUUCGUUUGGGUCCAGAUAAAACUAGUUUUUUAGGUUUUGCUCAGCCUAUUACAGACGGUAUUAAGCUUUUCAUAAAGGAGUUUGUUGUUCCAGCAAACUCAGCUAGAAUUGUAUUUUUAGCAAUUCCGUCCAUUUCUCUGAUUUUAUGUCUUUUGGGGUGGCAGAUUUUCCCGUCUUUUGCGGUAUCUAACUGAUAUUCUAAUGAUAUCUUAUUUUUCUUGGUAGUAAGUAGGUUAAAUGCACACAUCGCUAUUAUAAGAGGGUGGUCUUCUAAUUCUAAGUAUUCUAGGGUUGGGGGUGUUCGUGGAUUUGCUCAGGUUAUCUCUUAUGAAAUUUGCCUUAGAAUUUGUUUAGUUGUAGUGGUGAUUGUGAGGGGGAGAAUAAGAUUUUUUUCUAUUGCUGAGUCGGGGUGGUCUAUUUGGUGGGGAUUCUUUUGGCUCCCUGUGGUGUUGCUGUGGUUAACCGUAUGUUUAGCGGAGGCUAAUCGAGCACCAUUUGAUUUAGUAGAGGCGGAGUCUGAGCUUGUUUCCGGGUUUAACACCGAGUAUUCUGCUGGAGGUUUUGCUUUGUUAUUUAUUGCAGAGUACGGGAUAAUUUUGUUAUUGUGUUCGGUUACUGUUUUUAGGUUUUUUCAAAACCCUAACAUGCUGUAUGUAGCUGGGUUAUGUUGAGCAUUUCUAAAAGUUAUGCUGCUUGUGUUCUUCUUUAUUUGGUCUCGUGCAGCACUUCCUCGAUUGCGGUAUGAUUUUCUGAUGGUGGCAUGUUGGUCUAGUCUUCUUCCCUUCAUUUUAGGUGUUUAUUGUCUUAUUUUCUUUGUGUCUAAGGUUUAAAGUGAGUUCGUCGUUUGUUUUAUAUAGUAUUACAGUGUGUGUUUUGGUGAGGGCAAUAUUAAAGCAUUUUUCUAACUUUUUAAGCUAUUUAAUCCUAGUCGAGGGGGCAUGCGUUGGACUUGGAGCUAUAUUAAUGUACGCCGAAAGUUACAUUCCUGCUUACGGUCUAUUUAUGUUCCUAGUCUUAGUUGCAUGUGAGACUUCUUUGGCAUUGGGUUUGAUAGUGGGGAUUAUACGCAAUCCUGAGUCAGGUGUCUACUCUUUAUAUUCUUACGGGGAGUAAAAAAUGCAAAGAGCAAUUAGUACAACUUAAGUAUACUGGCUUGUCAUGCCAGAGGUACGCAUAAUUUAUUGCGGAUUGCUCUAAGUAAAGUGUUUUAUUGUGGCGCUGAAAGUUUUUUGUAAGCCCAGUAGCCGAUAAGUUACUUUUUAAUUUUAACUUACUUAAAAGUAGCUUUCGGUUGGAGUAAAAAUUAGAUUGAUUUUUUUAAAAAAAUAAACAAACUUUUAAAAAUUUUUUUGUGCAAUUCGUAUAGUGAGUAGGGAGUGAAAUAUAAUAUAGAAUAGGAAAGACUCUAAUAAUAGGGUAUGAGUAUAAAUAUAAAUAAUAGUAGUUAUAGAUAGUAUGUUAAAGGGGAUCUAGUUACAAGUGGGAAGGAAUGAGUUUCCGGGGGUCUAGAAUCCGGGUAUACCUGGGGUAUACCCAUGAAAUGAUAGAUGUAUAAAGUGUGUAAUAAGGGGUUAUAUGGCGAACAAAACUAAUACUGGUAGUUAUAAAAGACAGUUCAAGUUGAGUCAGGAUAUAAAGAAAAAUUUGUAGAAAAACAUAGCAAAAGGAACUCGGCAAAGCAUGGCCUCGCCUGUUUAACAAAAACAUCACUAAGAGAACCUCACUCUUAGCAGUACCUGCCCAGUGCAAAAUUGUAAACGGCCGCCCUAGCGUGAGGGUGCCAAGGUAGCGAAAUUCCUUGCCUUUUAAUUGUAGGCCUGCAUGAAUGGAUUGACGAGGGCCAGUCUGUCUCUUGCUUUGUGUAGUGAAAUUGGACUGAAGGUGAAGAUACCUUCAUAUAAAAGUUAGACAAGAAGACCCCGUGCAGCUUUUAAAAAUUUGUUAAUUAAGAGCAGUAGAUUUUUAGGUGGGGCGCCUAGGAAGUAAAACUUAACCUUCAUUAUAAUUUCUUUUGAAUUAAAAUAACUUUCUGGUGUAGACCCGGCAAGUCCGAUCGUAGGAGAAGUUACGCCGGGGAUAACAGGCUUAUCCAUUAGUAGAGCUCGUAUUGGCUAAUGGGAUUGGCACCUCGAUGUUGAAUUAAGGAUGAUAGCUCUAAGGCGUAGAAGCUUUAGAAUGUGGGUCUGUUCGACCUUUAAUACCUUACGUGAUUUGAGUUCAGACCGGCGUAAGCCAGGUCGGUUUCUAUCUUCUUUUAGAAUUUUCUUUUGGCUUGUACGAAAGGACUGCUGAGAGAGGAAAUUUCCUUGAUUUUAGAAUUGUUUCUAAGGUAGUAUGAAUGUUUUAGCCUGCUGGGUUUGUUUAGCUUGUUUGUUAAAUAUAGGUCAGGUUGUGGUGGUUUUAAACUCUUGGAUAUUAAUGAUUUUUAGAGCGCUGUUUAGUAUACUUGCUGCGGUUAUGGCUAACUGUGGUUUAAGGUUUUGAUUUUGUUGGGAGCUUGGACAUAUCUCCAUAAUUUCGGUGAGUCUUGAUUUUUGCAUGGACUGAAUUGCUGCUUUAUUUAUAAGGGUGAUUAUAAUAAUCUCCGGUUGUGUAGGGUUUUUCAUGAGGGUUUAUAUGGGUUCAGAAGACACAGUAAAACAGUUUAAUUUAACUCUAUACUCAUUUGUAUCGUCUAUACUUGUUUUAGUAGUUGCGAGAUCGAUGCCUAUCGUAUUGCUGGGUUGAGAUUGGUUGGGAGUGACUUCUUUUUUGUUGGUUAUGUAUUACGAGGGCAAGAAAUCUUUUGAUGCUGCUAUGAUUACUGCUCUGACCAACCGUGUUGGGGAUGCGUUGCUAAUUUGUAGAACAGCUGGUAUGUGUAUAGCGUCUGAUUUAAGUUUAGACAUAAAACCCUAUUGUUGAAGUUUUAUUUUUAUUAUUGGUUGUAUUACUAAGAGAGCUCAAGUGCCGUUUAGCAGAUGACUUCCUGCUGCUAUGAUAGCUCCAACUCCUGUCUCUUCUCUAGUUCAUUCUUCCACUCUAGUGACGGCUGGAAUUUAUCUGUUAAUCCGGUCCUCUACUUUCUGGGUGAAUUCCAAUGCAGCCUGUAGAUUGCUAAUGGGGGUUGGUAUUAUCACUACCACUAUUGCUGGAGUCAGGGCAGUUAUGGAAAGAGAUGUUAAAAAAGUUGUUGCAUUAUCAACAUUAAGUCAACUGGGUAUCAUGGCUUUUAGAUUAGGUUUAGGAGAAGUCGAAUUAGCUUUUAUACACUUAGUAUGUCAUGCGUUUUUUAAGGCUGGCAUGUUUUUAAGGGUGGGGUCUAUAAUUAGGCAUAAUGCAGGUAGCCAGUUUUUUAGAAGAUUUGGUAUGAACGUAGCAAGUCUUUCGCCUUCGGCUGUUUUCGGGUUAUUCAUAGGAAGGAUUUCCUUAAUAGGAGUUCCGGGCACUGCUGGUUAUGCUUCUAAAGAAUCAAUUGUUGCCUCGGGGUAUUCAAGAAACUCUUGGUUUACGGGGGGCUUAAUGUACUUAGGAAUUGGGCUGACUGCUCUUUAUUCAGUUCGUGUUCUUGUUGGGGUCACUGGGUUAGCUAAGCACGGUAUUCGAGAUUUUUUAGGAGCUCGAGAGACCAUGAUGUUGUCUGCUCCGGGAGUAUUCUUAGUAUUCAUGGGCUUAAUCGGAGGAGAGUUUGUGUUCUUAAGCUCUUCUGGGGCAUUUUUUUUUGAGGCUUUAUCAUCUAGGGAAGCUUGGUUUUGCCCCUACCUAAUGGUUGUAGUGGGGGUAUUCGUAGGGUCUCUGCUGCAGUUACUCUUGUCUAAGCUUUAUGAGUUGCGAUCUAAGUGAAUUUACGGAAUAGUAUUUUUAGACUUAACUUCACGUUCAUUUGUAAGCGAAGGCGGUAGAACUAGGUUUUCUGGGGUAUCCGGAGAUGGAGAAAAUGUCGCUGAAGUUUCUAUUCCGGUAAGAACCCUAGAAGUUGGGUUAGAGUAUCUAUCUGAUUUUCACAAUGUGAUUCAACGGGCUUCUGUUACCGCCGGAGUUAGAGCAAUCUUUGGCUUUAGCGGUGCUUAUGUGUUAUUGUAAAAUGUGAAAAUUGUUGUUUUUCUUGCUUUGGGUAUACUCGUACUAGGGACUCUCUAUGCUGCCUCAUUAUUUUUUUUCAGGGUGUUUCUUAGGUUAGCCAUUCUUGGUGAAGUCGGAGAAAAUUGUAGUGAUUUUUUGUCGUUACUUUCAUUUAUAGUGUAUGUAAGAGGAAUUACUGCUGUAAUUGGGUAUUUUGUGACAUUCUUCCCUAAAAAGUUUGAAGGGCGUGGUCAGAGGUAUUGUGUUGUAAGACUUUCAUAUAUCAUUGGUUUGGGGUUAUACAUUAUUUUUGUUGUGACUUCGCACGGGUACUGUGGAGUUGAUUUAGUUAAUCCGUGAGACUCUACGGGGGUAUUAAGUCUUCACGGGCAGGCAAUUAGGUUUCUGGCACCGAUUUUAUUGGUCGUGAUAGUGGCAGUGGUGGUAAUAUCCAAGCCUGAAUUAAAUGCCCUUCGCCGCUGAAGGCCUUAGUGACACUCGGGGACGAGACUUCAAAAUUAAAAGUUUUAUUCAGGGUUUACCUAUAUUCGGGUUGGAGUAAAGAUUGCUUAAAUAGUUUAAUAAAAUAUCAACUUGUGGCGUUGAAGAUAUCCUCAGUGAUUUUAAGUAAGUGGCACUGUUAUACCUAGUUGUGAGAACUUCUUUUUUGGUUUUGUUUUUAAAUAAAAAAGACCAACUAAUAGGGGUUGCUAAUUUAAUAGCUUUUUGGGCUAUGUACAGUAUUUCAAUGUGGUCAGGUUCUGGGGUUUCUUGAGAAUCCUAUAGGGAGUAUGUUACUAGGGAUAUCUUUAGGGCUAGAAUGGUGACACUGACAUUUUGGGUAUGCGGCGUGAGAAUUUUAGCCAGCGGGUCUAUGGGAACGUUACGGGGGGACUACAAAAGGUUUGUCUGGUUAAUGUUACUACUGUGCGUUCUUUUAAUGGGUUGUUUUUUAGUAAACACAAUAUCUAUUUUCUACGUGUUAUUUGAAAGAACUUUAAUCCCAAUGGUGGCAAUUAUUGCUAUUUGGGGUCAGCAGCCUGAGCGGAUUCCAGCAAUUCGGUACAUUAGGGCCUACACUGUUGGUGGAUCUCUUCCUUUACUUUUUGUAAUUGUUUUUAUGGAGUGUGAACUUGGUAGAAGGUUUAUGUGGUUUUCUACUGCCAAAUCGCAUAUUGACUGAUGGUUUUGGGUUAUAUGUUUCUCUGGGUUUUUAGUAAAAUUCCCUGCAUAUCCUGCACAUACGUGGCUUCCUAAGGCCCAUGUCCAGGCCCCUGUUGGGGGAUCAGUGGUUCUUGCUGGGAUUCUUCUUAAAUUGGGUGGUUAUGGGAUUCUUCGUAUAAUGGCGGUGUUCUCAUAUAGGUUAGAGAAGUUUGGGUUACUGGUAAUCUCUUUCUCGCUAGGGGGAAGAAUUUACGCAGCAUUUAUAUGUUCGCGACAAAGUGACGUUAAAAAGAUAAUUGCGUACUCUUCGGUUUCACAUAUAGCAUUUUGUAUUAUUGGCUUAUUUAGUUGUUUAGAGGUUGGGUUAGCUUCUGCUUUUAUUAUGCUCAUGGGUCAUGGAUUUAUCUCUUCUGGACUUUUUGCUUUGUGCGGCAUAAGAAGUGAGUUAACUCAUACUCGAAAUUUAAAAAUAAUGAGGGGUGCUUGUCGUACUACCCCAGUUCUUACUUUUAUGUGACUUGUUUUUAUUAUAAUGAAUUUAGGAGUUCCUCCUUGCCCAACCAUUAUUAGGGAAGUUUUGGCUGUGGUAAGGGUAAUUUCUGUGGGUCCGUGAGCCUUCUUAUUUCUGGUAGUUUAUUUCUUUGCAAGGGGGGUUUACAGGUUUGGGUUAUACUGUCAACUUGCUCAUGGGCCUGUUCCAGAAGAUCCGGCUAUGUUUGAAGAGGUUAGACCGCGUGAUAUGCUUUCCGUAUUUUUUUUAUUCUAUCCGUUAGCAGAAUUACUUGUUAAGUGAGAUCUAUGAAGCACUCUCUAAAGGUCUUGGUUGAGUGGGCUCAUAAUUUUCUCGUUGUGUAGUAUAUAAAGUACAAAAGAUUGUAACUCUUUAGGAACUGCUGCAGUCGCAAUGACAUGACAAUUCAGUUUUUAGGUUUAGUCGUAUUUUUUUCUAUUUUCUCUUUUUGUUACAUAAGGUACUUUAUUUGGUCUCCUUUAGGAAUAUUCUCGUCAAUAAGAAUAUGGGGUAUUUACAAAAAAAUCUACGUAAGAAGUAUACAUAGAAAAAAAGAGCGAUUUAGGGCUUUAGGCGGAGGAGUAAGAGAAGGCUUAAGGUGAAUUUUUGAUUUCACAAUUACCCUGGUGUUAAUUGGUAUUUUGCCUUGGGGGUUUCCUGGGUUAUCCUCAUGAGAAGUAGUAGCUGGACUAAUGCCUAGGCUUUUUUACUCAGUAAAUAUUUUACAAACGGAUGUGGAUAUUUUCAGAAAAUCUCUUAAGUUUAAGCAGUCUGUAAUGAAGUCCUUUCUUUAUUUUCCCUUAUUAGUUUUGAGGGUGGUUAUUCGCCCUGUAACACUUACGGUUCGGAUAUUAGCAAAUGCGCUGGUCGGGGCCGUUGUUUGCCACUCUUUAGCUAAAAUAGUGGCAUAUGGUGUUGCUUAUUCUAAGUUUUUGUCCCCCAAAACCAUAUUAUGAUUUGGUGUUAUUUUAAUUUGGGAGUUAGUGGUCAUAUUGGUUCAAAGGUCGCUAUUUUUGGGGCUGUCAAAGAUUUAUUUUCGGCCAACCCCAGUUAAGUUUAAAGUGGCGGUUAAGUAAGGAAAGAAUAGCUUAAAGAAUGUAAAGCGUUUGACUGUUAAUCAAGGGCUCCCGGAACGGGUUCUUUCUGCUUUAAUUUUUGAUAAAAUAAUUUAAGACAGGGUAGUUUAAUAAGAAUAAUAAAUUGCAAAUUUGGGGGUACAAAUGUUUUGUUCCUGUCUUUGCUUUAGGACUGUGAUUAAAAGCCCGGGCUGUAAGUUAAGUAAAAACUAUCAGACUUCAAAUCUGAAAAUAUCUUUCUUUGGUCAGCCUGAUUAUUUAACAGUUUAAUAAAAUUAAAAGGGGAAAUGCUCUUCGAGCGUUAGGGUUCGACAGCUGUUCCCCAAGUGUAUUAUUCUUUGGCUGGCUUACUUUUUAUGAUAUUGGGUGUUUAUUUUGCAUUACUUGUAAAUUUUGUGACUAGGUUGUUUUGGAUUUGAGUUGCAAUGGAUCUAAGAACCAUUUUUUUGGUCCCUUUUCUAUGUUGCGGGAUAUCAUUAACAGGGAUAAAUCAGUGGUAUAAGGGGUCUGCGACAUAUUUCGUAGUUCAGUUUAUGGGGAGCGCAAGAAUUUUAUAUUCCGGGCUUACAAUGUGGGAACCGGCUUUUGAGCUUGUGGGGGUAAUUUUCUUAGUUUCGGGGUUUGUGUUAAAAUUAGGGCUUUUCCCCCUUCACUUUUGGGUGCCCCGAGCCUUUGUAAAUUUUCACUAUCCAGCGAUUUACUUAACUGGAGUAGUGCAAAAAGUUUUUCUUAUUUUAGCCCUCCCUUAUGUUAACUCUAUCGGGUAUAUUAACUCACUAAUUGGGCUGAGGGCGCUUUGUAGAGUCCUUUAUGGGCCAGUUGCUAUGUUCAACUGCACUAAUAUUAAAACCUUUCUGUCUUAUUCUUCUAUUAAUAAUACUGGCCUAAUAGUUGCUUGUUGUAAUAUUAGAAAGUAUCUGUUUUUAUUUUACGCUAUUUGUUAUUCAGUAAGGAUGUUAUUUUUGGUUUUAAUCCUCAGGGCUUGCAUGUCUGACAACAUUAAAGAGAUAGGCGCUAGGAUGCCUAAUUUUUAUUUUUCUAGGUUCUUGGCAAUAGGUUUAAGGUUUUCUGGGUUUCCUCCGUUUACUGAUUUCUGUGCAAAGUUUGCGGUUGUCACUGGCUAUGUUGAUUACGCAAUAUGAGGGUAUAUUUUAGCAAUUUUAUUAAGGAGGGUUAUUAAUCUAUUAGUUUGAAUUUGGUUAAGUGUGGUGAUCAUCCGAGCCAUGCCGUCUGAAGGCAGUUGUGGGCCUACUUUUGUAGAUAGGUGCGUCAAUUACGGGUGCAUUCUGUGGAAUGCUACAGGUGGUGUGGUUUUGAUAUUAUUUUACUAAGUUAGAUUUAGUUUUACAGUUAAAAGGUAAAUUAAUUUUAAACAAACAUGAUAAAAGGUAUGUCCGGAAUUUAUGAAUUCCUCGAUGCCACUAAGAUACGUAAUCUGAAGUGGUUUAUCCCGUGUCCUGUAUUACUUUACGGUAAGCGGGAAUAUAUUAUGUCUACAAAUCAUUUAGAUAUCGGAAGGUUUUAUAUGGUUUUUGGGUUUUGGUCUGUUCUGGCUGGAACAAGAUUUAGGUCGCUAAUUCGGUGAAGUUUAUUCAAUCCGGGGGCUAAGUUUUUAGACCCCGUAUGCUAUAAUGCUGUAGUAACAAUGCAUGCCUUAGUAAUAAUUUUCUUCUUUGUUAUGCCUGUUAUGAUUGGGGGAUUUGGUAACUGACUAGUGCCGCUAAUGCUUGAGGUUCCUGACAUACAAUUUCCGCGGGUUAACGCUUUUAGUUUUUGGGUCCUACCCGCGUCUUUGUAUUUCAUAGGAAUUUCAGGAUUUGUUGAAAAUGGAGUUGGGGCUGGUUGAACUAUCUACCCGCCAUUAUCAACUUUUUCUUAUCAUGGUAUGUGUAUGGACUUAGCUAUUCUAAGGCUCCAUUUGGCUGGUAUUAGGUCAAUUUUUAGGUCAAUUAACUUCAUGGUGACUAUUAAAAAUAUGCGCUCUGUAGAUGGGCACUUAUUAAGACUAUUUCCGUGGUCUAUUAAAGUGACUUCCUUCUUAUUAUUGACAACUUUACCUGUGUUGGCUGGGGGUCUUACUAUGUUACUAACUGAUCGUCACUUUAAUACUUCUUUUUUUGAUCCUGUAGGUGGCGGGGACCCGGUUUUAUUCCAACACUUAUUCUGGUUCUUUGGUCAUCCUGAGGUAUAUGUUCUUAUUCUUCCUGGGUUUGGAAUGAUCUCCCAUGUUUUGUGUUUUUGAUCUAGAAAAAAGACUGCUUACGGGAAUAUGGGGAUGUUCUAUGCAAUAUUGAAUAUUGGGUUUUUAGGAUUUAUUGUGUGGGGUCAUCACAUGUUUGUGGCUGGAAUGGAUAUUGACACGCGAGCUUAUUUCAGAGCAGCAACUGUUAUUAUUGCUGUACCGACUGGAAUUAAGGUAUUUGCUUGAAUUGCUACAAUAAUGGGGUCACAAGUUUCAACGCAUGCCCCUAUGUUAUGGUCUACCGGUUUUAUUGUCUUAUUUACAAUUGGUGGUCUAACCGGCCUUAUUUUAUCCAGUGCUUCUAUUGACGUAACUCUUCACGACACCUAUUUUGUAACUGGUCAUUUUCACUAUGUUUUAUCAAUGGGGGCAGUAUUUACAAUUUUAGCCGGAUUUACUCACUGAUUCCCAUUAUUUUCUCGAGUAAUGCUUCAUCGUCAAAAGAUAAAGAGGCAUUUUGUUGCGAUGUUUUUAGGAGUAAACAUUGCUUUCUUGCCUCAUCAUUUCUUAGGAUUAGCUGGAAUACCACGCCGAGUGGCAGAUUAUCCUGAUCAGUUUUGAUUUUGAAAUAAAGUGUCUACUUUUGGGUCACACCUAAGAACAGCUUCUUUGCUCUUUUUUGUAUUCUUAGUGUGGGAAGCUUUUAUUGCCCAUCGGCCUGUGGUUUCUGUUCGUAAUAGAUCAAGAUCUCCGGAGUGGUCAGUAAUGGUAAAUCUUCCUAAGCACGCUGCUUUGGAGUCAGCCAAAAUGUUGAAGGAUCCAGCGAAAAAGUAUUUAGGCAGGCGUUUGUAAGUAGUUUAGUAAUUAUGGGGUGGACUCUACUAUGAAAGUGAGUUAUAAAAUUCUUUUCAGAAUGCUGUACGCUACGGUUUCUAUUGGUGCGUUUAAGCUUCAAUAUAGAAGAGUAUUUAAGGGUAAAAUUUUAAAAAUUUUUGCGCGUAGUAUCUAGUAAGAUAGAAGGGAGUGAAAAUAUUUUAGCUCAUGAUGCCUUAAAAAAGAUAAGGGACACUCUAUUAGGAUAAUUUAUCUUAUGGUCAGUUUUAGUAUAAGUUUACAUUACAGGGGCCUUGUAAGUCCCAAAUUUGCCUAAGCAAAGACUGAUGUAAAUAGAGUAUGGCCUUAAUUUAUUUGGGCUUGAAGUAAAGAAAGGUUAAAAAUAUUUGGUUCUGGUAUACUGUUAAUCGAGAGUUCUUUGAUAUACACAAUGUAGGAAAUUUUCGUGAUGUGCUAAUUUAAAAUAAGAGAUAAGUUUGAGCGCUAUCAUAACCUAAAUGGUGCAGUUGCAGUAGUAUGAGCAUAAGUGCUAGACGAUGACGCGAAAAAAAUCACAACUCAAGUGGACAACCCUGGACUCAAUGAGUUAGCGCUCGAAACGAACAAGAAACUGUAUAAUAUAAGCCAAAAUGGGUGCCAGCAGCUGCGGUCAUACCCUUUGAAGACGGGUUAAUAGAGGUACAGCCUAGAGGCGGUUAGUCAGGUAUGAAGAUGCAUUGACAUACGCUAAGUUAUAGAGGUCAAAUUCUAAGUAAGACUUAGAGGCGGUCCUUUGCUUGCAUAAAGAUGAUUCCGCGAAAUUAUGGGAAUAAACCUGGAUUUGAUACCCAAUUAUUCCAUAACGCCAAGGAUAACGGCUAUAAGGUAUUAGCUGGUUGCUAGGGAACUACGAGCAGCUGCUUAAAACUCGAAGAACUUGGCGGUUCCAUAAAGCCAUCCAGAGGCUCUUGGCGCUUAAUCCGAUGAUCCGCGUGAUAUCUUACCUGCCCUAUAUGGCAUCGUACUGCCGUCCAAAGUAUAUGAUGUGAGUAGACCAAAAUAGACGUCACCUUGAGCGGCAAACAUAAAUAAAGUGUGCUGUUUUGAGACAAAGUCAGGUCGAAGCGUUCCUUAUGGGUAAGGGGUUUGCUGAGAGACAAUUUUUUUAGUUAUAUCAAGCCCUGUGGUUGAAACACUCAAGUUUUGAAAAAUCUGGCGAGGGGGAUUUGGGAGUAAAUAGAAAGUAAUUCAUUCUAUUGAAGAGUCGUUACUAUGGUGCGUACAAAUCGCCCGUCACCCUAGCCGAAAGGAGAGGUAAGUCGUAACAUGGUAAGGGUAGGGGAACCUGCUCUUGUAAUAAAGCUUUAAAUUUUUUGUGCGGGGUAAACUAUACCUUUAAAUUCGGUUUUUAGAAGAGAUUUAGUUUGGUAAAUUUUUAGUGUAUAAGCACUUUUAGUAUAAUUAGUAUAUUUGUCUUCCAAACAAAAGGUUUCCUGUAUGGAAAAAGUGUAAAUGAUAAAAAAGCGGCAUAUGUAUGGUUAUCGAACACCCCGAAAGCUUCCUCGAACCCCGUUUCAUAUUGUAGACCCGAGUCCCUGACCUGUUCUCAUAAGAAUCGGAUUAUGGGGUUUAGCUACAAUUUUUAUUUGUUGGGUAAAUAAAGUAGAUUACGGACAUCUAUUUUGGGGUGUGCUUAUCAUCGCUUUAACUGUUUAUGGAUGAACUCGAGAUAUUGUAAACGAAUCUACUUUUCAAGGGUUCCAUACUAAAAAAGUUCAGAUAGGAAUUUCUUUAGGUUUUAUUUUAUUCUUAAUUUCUGAGUUAAUAUUAUUUUUUUCGUUUUUUUGGGCAUUUUUUCACAGAUCUAUAUCACCUUCUGUCGAGAUUGGUUGUUGUUGACCUCCUGUGGGAGUUGAGUGUUUAGAUUGAAGAAAGGCUCCUUUACAUAAUACGGCUCUUUUAGUUGCCUCAUCAUGUACCGUAACGUCUAGGCACAAAUACCUGAAAGACGGAAACUUUACUUACGCGGUUGCGCUAUUAGUUAUAACGGUAUUUUUAUCCGGAUUUUUCGUAAAGAAUCAGUAUGACGAGUAUUCUUGAGCCUCUUUUUCAAUUGCGGAUGGGGUAUACGGAAGUGCUUUUUUUAUGUUGACCGGGCUUCACGGAAUGCACGUGAUUGGCGGUACGUGUGGUUUAUUAUACUCAUUAGCCCGGCUUUUGUUACGGCAGUUUUCUACCCGCCGUCAUCUUGGGUAUGUUCUAGCUAUUUGGUAUUGGCAUUUUGUAGACAUUGUUUGACUUGCCUUGUUUUUUAUUAUUUAUAUUUGAGGAUCUUAGGCUAGUAAAGUAUUGUGCCAGAAUUUUAUGGGCUUUGUUGAUGUCAAAGAUUAUGAGGGAAUUCCUCCAAUGCUUAGGUUAAGUUACAAAAUAGGCUUUAGCCGUGUGAGUAAUAUUCGGGCUAGUGUAAAAUAGCACAUAAAAUUUUCACUUUUAUAGAGGGGGUGUCCCGCCCGGAUAAAAAGAGUACAGGAGUGACAAGCAUGGUCGAAAUGCUUGAUUCUGUAAAGUGGUCGAUAAUGGUGCCCUUAUAAUGAAAGGUGCAUACUUUUCAGCAAUAAAAUAUCCUUGUCCUCCAAAUUUAAAUAUCUGAUGAAACAUAGGUUCAAUGCUGUUUGUAACAUUAAUAAUUCAAAUUUUGAGGGGUAUUAUACUUAGAAUAAACUAUACUGCAGAUGGGAGGUUGGUGACUAGAAGAAUAAACUACAUUCUACGAGAUGCUAACUACGGGUGAGCUCUACGGAGAACUCAUAUAGCUGGGGCUUCUUUAUUUUUUGCUUUAAUCUAUAUUCACGUAGGGCGUGGUGUUUACUACGGAAGGUAUAUAAAGCUACCUCAUGUUUGAUACAGUGGGGUUACUCUUUAUCUUUUAUCUAUGGGGGUAGGAUUCUUAGGAUACGUUCUUCCUUGGGGGGUAAUGUCCUACUGGGGGUUGACUGUAAUUUCUAAUAUAAUGACAGUUUUUCCUGGGGGGGCUCGAGCUUUAGAAUGAUUUCAAGGCGGUUUCACUAUCUCUACAUUUACCCUUAAACGCGUAUUUGUGCUACACUUUUUACUACCCUUUGUAAUUUUAGGGAUGAGGUUGGUACAUGUAUUACUGCUACAUGAAAAGGGGUCUAGAAAUCCUUUAGGGGUCGAUUCAAGAGAGCUGGUUGUGCCUUUUCAUCCUUAUUACACCUCAAAAGAUCUGGUGGGGUUUACAUUUAUACUAGCAGGGUUAAUUGCUUUAGCAUUUACUUUCCCUAAGUUUACCGCUGACCCCCUUCAAUGGCAGGGGAUUAAUAAAAUAAAAACUCCCGCUGUUAUUAAACCAGAGUGGUACUUCCUGUAUGCAUAUGCUAUUUUGCGAUCUGUUCCUCAUAAAGCGGGCGGUCUUGCGCUUAUGUUUGCUGCGAUUUUAGGUAUCGCUCUUUUGCCUACAUUAGCAAAAUACUCGAAAACCCAAAGAAUGGUAAUAUCCCCGCUUGGGGAGGCAUUAUUUUUCAUCUGAGUAGCAAAUUUUGUGUUUUUAGGUAUUAUCGGAUCUCAGGAGCCUGCUGGAGCGUGGAUUUUGGCUGGACAAGUUGGAACAUUCGUUCACUUGUUUUGUAUGCUUUCCAUUCCGGCAGCAAACUUGAAAUGAGAAAAUAUGGUUUUCAAUGGAUUUGAGUUGAGGCAGUAAGUUGAAAAAUGAGAUAUUGAUGUCAAAUAUAUUUUCAAAAUAGGGUCACAUUUGCCGGGAUACGAGUCCAGUGAGUGUUUGGAAUGUACUGUGCAGUUUUAACUCUAAUUUUUAUUUUUGUGAUGCUUAGGGUAGUAAUGUGUUUAGUAUCUCCCCAUCAAUUUUUGUAUGCUCAAACUGACCAUACACUAGAGCGUAUUUGGGGUUUAGUGCCACUUUUGAUUUUAACUUUUCUAUCUUGGCCUUCUAUGGGGCUACUAUACGCAAUGUCUGAAUUGGAGACUCCUCUAAUCACAGUUAAAUGCGUUGGGCACCAGUGAUAUUGAGAGUACGAGUACUCAGAUUUUGCUGUAAUUUCUUACAACUCCUACAUAGUUCCUGAGAAGGAGUUAAAUUUAGGUGAGCCGCGGUUAUUAACUGUAGAUAAAUCUAUGGUAUUACCAUUUUCUGUGUGGUGUCGUGUAUUAACAACUUCGUUCGAUGUAAUUCAUUCAUGGACAGUUCCGGCUUUCGGGGUGAAGUCUGAUGCUGUCCCUGGUCGGCUUAGAGAGUCUAGCGUAAAAGUAGAAAUGCCCGGUGUCUUUUGGGGCCAAUGUUCUGAAAUCUGCGGAGCCUUACAUAGGUUUAUACCAAUUCGGGUGGAAGUUGUGAGGUGUCGAGUGUUUGAGCAGUGAAUAAGGGUGCUUGAAGAUGCUAUAGCUUAGUUUGCAAGAUGGAUUAAAUUUAGAUCGUCGGGCUCAUGCCCCGAAGGUGCGGCUUAAUUGCAGCUUUUGCAGUAAAGAAAGUUCCUUUCUAAAGGCUGGUGUCUUGAAAAUACCAUGAUGGGAGGGAAGAGCUCUCAACUUUCUUAGUGAAAGGUUUAGCUGUUUUAGUUAGAAUAAGAAUGGUUUUAUUAAUACUUUGGUCUUGAGCUAUUUAUAGAAGGGCUUCACUUAGAAUGCCGGAUAUUGAGUCCGAUUUGACAGUUUUGUAGUGCCGCUAUAACCGGAAAAGUAGUCUAAAUUAAGGACGUCGGUUUCAUAAUCCGAAAGUAGAAAAAUUAACUCUUUUCUAUAGUUAAGUUAGGGGGAUAAGUGGUCUUACACUGUGACUUCUAAUCACAAAUGGCGCAAUUCGAUUUUGUGCUCCUUCUUGGUGGCCAUGUUGGCAGAGAAGUGCGUUAAAUUUAAGCUUUAAAAAAUGCGGGUGCGCCGCACAUGGUUAUACUGAAGCUAGUUAAAAUAAUAAUAAGUGCUUUGGGAGCACUAGUUCCUUUAAUGGGGCUUUAGAUUUGGGUGUAAAGAAUGUUUUACUGAUAAAAAACUUUUAGCGGGCAAAGUAUAGGAGAAUUAGAAAUGCCUGAUAACUUAAGACUUAGUCUGGUAAGAUCUAGAGUAAUUGUAAAAAAGCUUUAGUUGUAUUAGUACCUUUUGUAUAAUGGCCUUUCAAGAGUUUUUACCUUAGAGGUUUUUCCUGAAUUGAGAAGAUUUUUUAGGGGUUACAAGGUUAGUGAUGUAAGAAAUCUUUCAAUCCCCUGAAAGAUGUGAUAUGCAAUAUCGGGUUUCGGUGUAGCUGGUUGCGUGAAAAAUGCUUUUAGGUGCAGCUUUAAAACUGUUUUACGUGCAGAAGUGUAAGUGCAUGGGGUAAAGUUUUAGAAGUGACUGGUUCGGCUAAAGGUCGUGCUUAAUUGCUUUCCAAAAUUUUCGUGCCUUAAAAAGAGAAAUUGGAUUUAAAAUGUCCAUUUUGGAAAGAGUAUUUAACAACUUGUCUUUUGAGUGUGCGGGCAUAAUAAUUUAGGUUAAAAUAAGGAGGCGUUUAAUGUAUCACGCGGCUACUUAAAAUAAUAAAAGAUAGAACUUUAUGCUAGGAUUAGUAGCAAUAAUAAAAACAAAUAAACUGCUUAUUAAACUGGUGUAAUAUUGAGUCCAGUGAAAAUUACCGGGAAAUAGUAUAAGUUUAUUACCAGGUGCUUACAACACUUAAAUAGAAAAGUUUUCUUUUUCCGAUUAGGCACAAAAAUCGUGGCAAGAAGUGAAAUAUUUACGUUCGGUUUCGGCCCGAUUUUUGGCUAAAGUUUAAAAGCCCUUGCUAUACUCCGGCAAUACUGUGCUGCCUUACUCUGAGUUUUACUGGGUUUUCAUUUAUGAAGUUAUUAAGAAAACAAAAUGUGUUAUGGUGUAUGAGCACGAAAGUUUUUGGUACUUUAGGAGCUUGUAAUUUCAAGCUGGCACAUAAAAUGAUUUUGGGAAUGGUUAUAGUUAUUAUGGUUUUAUCUGUAAUUCCAAUUGUUUUUUCAUGCUGAUUUUCGGGUUUACCUAAAGAGGGGUAUGAUUGGGAUAAGUCAUCUCCAUAUGAAUGUGGGUUUAUCUCUGUUAAAAAUCCAGGAGACUUUUCUUCUCGAUUUUUUCAUUUAGUCAUUUUAUUUUUAGUUUGAGAUGUUGAAAUCGUUCUUCUUGUCCCAUGUUUUCAGGAUUUGUUUGGUUGAUCGCCUGAGGGAGCCGGGGCCGUGCUGUUUGUAUUGAUUCUAGUAUACGGACUUUAUUACGAAAUAAUAGAGGGGACUAUUAAGUGGGCCUUACACGAGAAUUAAAGGGGGCUGUAGCUUAAGGUUUAGAGCUUCGAGCUUUUAACUCGAGUGUGGGUGUGUCUCCGGCCUCAAUAAACCGGGAGGAGCAGGCUAGGUUAGUAUGAUCUAAAAAGUACGUCGAAUUUAGGUUUCGAAAGAAGGUGUAUUAAUGCCUGCUUGGUUGGGUAAGUAGCCUAAGAUAAGGUAUGACAUUGAAGCUGUUAGGAUGGCUUAAGAGUAAGCCCUAACCCAGGUGAGACCCACCAGUUCGGUACUUUAAGAAAAAAGACGAAGUUUGCAUCUUCGCAAUGAGAUGUUCUCCCGAACUUUAUGAGAGGUGAAUACUAUUUGUACCUCACUUUAAUAACUAUUUUUGUAUAUUUAGGGGUUUUAUUAAGAGUGGCUUACUUUACUUUAAUAGAGCGAAAAAGCUUAAGAUCUUUUGGAGUUCGUUUGGGUCCAGAUAAAACUAGUUUUUUAGGUUUUGCUCAGCCUAUUACAGACGGUAUUAAGCUUUUCAUAAAGGAGUUUGUUGUUCCAGCAAACUCAGCUAGAAUUGUAUUUUUAGCAAUUCCGUCCAUUUCUCUGAUUUUAUGUCUUUUGGGGUGGCAGAUUUUCCCGUCUUUUGCGGUAUCUAACUGAUAUUCUAAUGAUAUCUUAUUUUUCUUGGUAGUAAGUAGGUUAAAUGCACACAUCGCUAUUAUAAGAGGGUGGUCUUCUAAUUCUAAGUAUUCUAGGGUUGGGGGUGUUCGUGGAUUUGCUCAGGUUAUCUCUUAUGAAAUUUGCCUUAGAAUUUGUUUAGUUGUAGUGGUGAUUGUGAGGGGGAGAAUAAGAUUUUUUUCUAUUGCUGAGUCGGGGUGGUCUAUUUGGUGGGGAUUCUUUUGGCUCCCUGUGGUGUUGCUGUGGUUAACCGUAUGUUUAGCGGAGGCUAAUCGAGCACCAUUUGAUUUAGUAGAGGCGGAGUCUGAGCUUGUUUCCGGGUUUAACACCGAGUAUUCUGCUGGAGGUUUUGCUUUGUUAUUUAUUGCAGAGUACGGGAUAAUUUUGUUAUUGUGUUCGGUUACUGUUUUUAGGUUUUUUCAAAACCCUAACAUGCUGUAUGUAGCUGGGUUAUGUUGAGCAUUUCUAAAAGUUAUGCUGCUUGUGUUCUUCUUUAUUUGGUCUCGUGCAGCACUUCCUCGAUUGCGGUAUGAUUUUCUGAUGGUGGCAUGUUGGUCUAGUCUUCUUCCCUUCAUUUUAGGUGUUUAUUGUCUUAUUUUCUUUGUGUCUAAGGUUUAAAGUGAGUUCGUCGUUUGUUUUAUAUAGUAUUACAGUGUGUGUUUUGGUGAGGGCAAUAUUAAAGCAUUUUUCUAACUUUUUAAGCUAUUUAAUCCUAGUCGAGGGGGCAUGCGUUGGACUUGGAGCUAUAUUAAUGUACGCCGAAAGUUACAUUCCUGCUUACGGUCUAUUUAUGUUCCUAGUCUUAGUUGCAUGUGAGACUUCUUUGGCAUUGGGUUUGAUAGUGGGGAUUAUACGCAAUCCUGAGUCAGGUGUCUACUCUUUAUAUUCUUACGGGGAGUAAAAAAUGCAAAGAGCAAUUAGUACAACUUAAGUAUACUGGCUUGUCAUGCCAGAGGUACGCAUAAUUUAUUGCGGAUUGCUCUAAGUAAAGUGUUUUAUUGUGGCGCUGAAAGUUUUUUGUAAGCCCAGUAGCCGAUAAGUUACUUUUUAAUUUUAACUUACUUAAAAGUAGCUUUCGGUUGGAGUAAAAAUUAGAUUGAUUUUUUUAAAAAAAUAAACAAACUUUUAAAAAUUUUUUUGUGCAAUUCGUAUAGUGAGUAGGGAGUGAAAUAUAAUAUAGAAUAGGAAAGACUCUAAUAAUAGGGUAUGAGUAUAAAUAUAAAUAAUAGUAGUUAUAGAUAGUAUGUUAAAGGGGAUCUAGUUACAAGUGGGAAGGAAUGAGUUUCCGGGGGUCUAGAAUCCGGGUAUACCUGGGGUAUACCCAUGAAAUGAUAGAUGUAUAAAGUGUGUAAUAAGGGGUUAUAUGGCGAACAAAACUAAUACUGGUAGUUAUAAAAGACAGUUCAAGUUGAGUCAGGAUAUAAAGAAAAAUUUGUAGAAAAACAUAGCAAAAGGAACUCGGCAAAGCAUGGCCUCGCCUGUUUAACAAAAACAUCACUAAGAGAACCUCACUCUUAGCAGUACCUGCCCAGUGCAAAAUUGUAAACGGCCGCCCUAGCGUGAGGGUGCCAAGGUAGCGAAAUUCCUUGCCUUUUAAUUGUAGGCCUGCAUGAAUGGAUUGACGAGGGCCAGUCUGUCUCUUGCUUUGUGUAGUGAAAUUGGACUGAAGGUGAAGAUACCUUCAUAUAAAAGUUAGACAAGAAGACCCCGUGCAGCUUUUAAAAAUUUGUUAAUUAAGAGCAGUAGAUUUUUAGGUGGGGCGCCUAGGAAGUAAAACUUAACCUUCAUUAUAAUUUCUUUUGAAUUAAAAUAACUUUCUGGUGUAGACCCGGCAAGUCCGAUCGUAGGAGAAGUUACGCCGGGGAUAACAGGCUUAUCCAUUAGUAGAGCUCGUAUUGGCUAAUGGGAUUGGCACCUCGAUGUUGAAUUAAGGAUGAUAGCUCUAAGGCGUAGAAGCUUUAGAAUGUGGGUCUGUUCGACCUUUAAUACCUUACGUGAUUUGAGUUCAGACCGGCGUAAGCCAGGUCGGUUUCUAUCUUCUUUUAGAAUUUUCUUUUGGCUUGUACGAAAGGACUGCUGAGAGAGGAAAUUUCCUUGAUUUUAGAAUUGUUUCUAAGGUAGUAUGAAUGUUUUA